UUUCACAUUUCGACACUCAAAUUGGGUAAGCCUAAUCGAGCUCCUCUCCGUCGCCGUUGCCUCCUCGCCGUUGAAGUCAAUUCUUCUCCGUCGACGUCAUUUCGCCACGUCCGACUCUUCUUCUUCUGCAUCGGAGUGGCAAAAAUGUCCAUUGGAACUCCAAUAACAGCAACUAGCAGAUUAUACCCCAUUAUAUGGCAUCGCCAGCACUGCUAUAGUUUGUUUACUAUAUGCUGCUCAUCCUCUGAUUCAAAUCGGAGGCGUGGCUUUGGGCGUCAACCUAAUGCAAAGAAUAAGGACAAGAAGGCACACAAAGUGACAACCUCCCGUGCGGAGCAGGAUGCAGUAUUAGAAGCAAGGAAAACAUCUACUAGACAGCCAGGCUCCAUAAACAGGGCACCUGGGUUAAGCUUUCAAAGUGAUGGAAAAUCAAGCAAUAUUGCCAUGGAUCUUGAGUUUGAAGAGCGGCUGAAGGCUGUUAAAAGGUCUGCACUUGAGCAGAAAAGGAUUGAUGAAAGUAAAGAAUAUGAAUCAAUUGACUAUGAUGCACUGGUUGAAUCAGACCGUAGUACAGUUGGACUUGGAACUAAGAUUGGAAUAGGAGGUGCAAUUGCAGUCUUCGGGUUGGUUUUUGCUCUUGGAGAUUUUGUUCCCACAGGAAGUGAGAUUCCCACUGAGGAGGCCGCGAUUGUCAACAGUAAACUCUCAGAAGAUGCGAAACAGAAUCUUCAGGCUAGGCUUGGAGAAUACGAGGCAAUGCUUAGUGCCUCUCCACAAGAUUCCAAUUCUCUUGAAGGUGCAGCAGUAACGUUAGCAGAACUAGGUGAGUUUACUCGGGCUGCCUCUUUGCUGGAGGAUUUGAUAAUGAAGAAACCAAAUGAUCCUGAUGCUUUCCGCUUGCUGGGAGAAGUCAAAUAUCAACUCAGAGAUUAUGAAGGGAGUGCUGCUGCGUAUAGGAGGUCUGCAAUGGUAUCUAAAACCAAUAAUUUUGACAUUCUUCGGGGCCUUACAAAUGCAUUGCUUGCUGCAAAGAAACCAGAUGAGGCUGUUCAGGUCCUUCUGGCCUCUCGUGAGCGCUUGAUAGCAGAAAUGUCAAAUGACCUUGCUGCCGAUGGUGAUUCAUCGGAGAAAGAGAAAGAGUCGCAGUUGGUGGAUCCAAUCCAAGUUGAAUUGCUUCUUGGAAAAGCGUACUCAGAUUGGGGCCAUGUUAGUGAUGCUGUAUCUAUUUACGAUCAACUCAUUUCUAACCACCCUGAUGACUUUCGGGGUUACUUAGCGAAGGGAAUAAUUCUGAAACAAAAUGAUAGGGUUGGAGAUGCGGAGAGGAUGUUUAUUCAAGCACGGUUCUUUGCACCAGAGAAGGCCAAGGCACUUGUGGACCGUUAUUCAAGGCAGUGACCUCCAUUCAACCUCACAACAGGUGAUAUAUUAUUUCCGAGACUGCAAUUCCAAGGGCUACAGUAUCUCCGAUGCUGAAAUUCUAUGUUAUUGUUGGCUAAUAGAGUUGCCAUUCAACCUGUGCAGCAGAUGAUUGAUUAUUUGUUUCAGUCCGGGCAGUCACAUUCUGAAUAGAGAUGCCAAUGUGGUUUGCAAAUUCACUUCGUGUAUAUAUGUAUAUGUGUGUGGGUGUUCCUUCGUUGCACCGGAUGGAAUUGGAAUGAUAUAGAGAGUACAAAGAUGUAUAUAUGAUUGAAAGUCUACCCAGUACCUCAGGAUUGUCACAUUCCCUGUCAAUGGAAAAUUGUAAAGGCAGCAAGGUAUGGAGAAGUCGAUUUUUGUUCC